UCUGGUACUCUCUUUACACGCGCUGCUGUCGGCUGUUCUUGUCAUCCUCCCCUCCACAAUCAGGGACGAGCCUGACAGAGCACCGCUGUCUCGGCGACCUUUGACAGGUUACUCUCUCUACCGUCACCUCUGUAAAUUUUCUUGUUUAGGAUCUGUUUGGUUGCUGAGAAAACUGAUCAGAUUGAGAAGAAAAGGUCACUGCAUUGAAUUGUAGAGAUGGCGGAUGGAUCAGCACAUUCAUCAAUUUUUCAGAAGAUACACGGGCAAUCUUACCUUCUCUCUCAAAUUUCUUCUAACUUGCACCCAAGGAAUGCUGGUUUACACACUCUGACUGAUGCGUACGUGAAUGGAGGUCUGCAGAGUGCUCUGCUGCCAGCAUAUCGAGGCAUUGGCUUGGAGGUUGUAUCACCACUCUCUCCUAUUUUCAUACAAGCACCGUCAGAAAAAGAAAAAGGUCUACGUGGUUUUAUGGUGGAUUUUCUCAUGGGAGGAGUCUCUGCUGCUGUCUCCAAGACAGCUGCUGCUCCAAUUGAGCGAGUUAAGCUCUUAAUUCAGAAUCAGGAUGAGAUGAUCAAAGCUGGUCGACUGUCUGAACCAUACAAGGGAAUUAUGGACUGCUUUGCCAGAACAAUCAAGGAAGAAGGUGUCCUUUCUCUUUGGAGAGGCAAUACUGCGAAUGUUAUCAGAUACUUCCCAACCCAGGCGCUGAACUUUGCUUUCAAAGAUUACUUCAAGAGUCUGUUCAACUUCAAGAAAGACAGGGAUGGCUACUGGAAGUGGUUUGCUGGAAACUUGGCAUCAGGUGGUGCUGCCGGUGCUUCAUCUCUUCUGUUUGUUUAUUCCUUGGAUUAUGCCAGAACACGUUUAGCUAAUGAUGCUAAGUCAGCCAAAAAGGGUGGGGAAAGGCAGUUUAAUGGUUUAAUUGAUGUUUACAAGAAAACCCUCAAAUCAGAUGGCAUUGCUGGGCUUUACCGUGGAUUCAGCAUCUCAUGUGUGGGAAUUAUAGUGUACCGUGGACUAUACUUUGGAUUGUAUGAUUCUCUGAAACCUGUAGUUCUGGUUGGUGAGUUGCAGGAUAGUUUUUUUGCAAGUUUCUUGCUGGGAUGGGGAAUCACCAUUGGUGCUGGAUUGGCUUCUUAUCCAAUUGAUACCGUGCGUAGAAGAAUGAUGAUGACCUCAGGAGAAGCUGUCAAAUACAAGAACUCCUUGGACGCGUUCCGUCAGAUCGUCAAGAAUGAAGGCGUUAAAUCACUCUUCAAGGGUGCUGGAGCAAACAUCCUCCGUGCUGUUGCAGGAGCCGGUGUGCUUGCCGGUUAUGACAAGUUGCAAGUUAUUGUUUUAGGCAAGAAAUAUGGAUCUGGUGGUGGUGGUUAAUAUGAUAUGGUGAUGAUGACGAUAAUGAAGCAUGAUGAUUAUGUAGGUCUCCUUUUUUUUUUUUUUUUUUUUUUUCUCCUAUGAGUUUUAAUAAAUCUGCUGAAGAAUGUACUAAGGAUUUCCUAUUAGUUUUGUAGUACCAAAAUACAUAUUUUAAUGUUCUACUCUUGUUGUGUACUCUUGAGAUCCAGAAUGUAAAUUUCAGUGGCUUUUUUGGUGAGGAAUUAACUAAUAAAAUGUAAUAUAAAUGUAA